UUAUUUUCUAGAUAGCACGUACCUGGUAUCUACGGACUUUAUCCGAGUGCGGCUACUACUAAUACUUCAUAGGAUCAUCAUUAUGCCUAAAAAGUGAAAGAAACCGUGCAGCAAUACCUGCUAUAAAACGGCCUCUCCUCGCCAGCGAGCCAACACAACAACAAUAAGACAGCCUCCUCUCUAAACCUCUUCUCAUCAACUCUCUCAUUCCCUCUCAUCUUCUAUCCACAAUGCCCCCUACACACCCACACCUCGCCGCCACCCCCACUGGCACCCGCCUAAUCGUCAAGGGCAAGCCAACCCUCCUCCUUCCCGGCGAACUGCACAACUCCUCCCUCUCCUCGCCCAAAUACAUGUCCACUGUCUGGCCGGCCAUGAAAGCCCACCACAUCAACACGCUGCUGGGCGCCGUAACCUGGGAAAUGAUCGAGCCCGUCGAGGGCGUCUUUGAUUUCUCCGCGCUCACGCAAAUCAUCCGCGACGCCCGCAUCCACGGGAUCCAGCUCGUCCUCCUCUGGUUCGGGAGCUACAAGAACGGACUCUCGACGUAUGCCCCCGGGUGGGUGAAGCGGGACCAUGUGCGUUUUCCACGCGUCAGGGUCUGGGAUCCAGAGCGGGGUGGGUAUAAGAGUAUCGAGAUGAUCUCUCCACUCUGUGAGGAAGGCGCGAGGGCAGAUGCGCGGGCGUUUGCGAAGCUCAUGGGCCAUAUCAAAGAGGUGGACGAGCAGUUUGCGACCGUCGUCAUGGUGCAGGUGGAGAAUGAGACGGGGUUACUGGGUGACUCGCGCGACCGGUCGCCCAGGGCGCAGGAGGCGUUUGAGCGCGGUGUUCCGCUGGACUUGCUGCGCCAUGUGUGUGAGCAUGCGAAUCUGCAUCCGCGAUUCGCGGAGCGAGUUGCGUCGUCACGGUUGCCCGACCCACGGACCCUUGCCGACGACGCUUCUGGUGGAGAAAUAGAACCCUACAGGUGGGAAACCAUCUUCGGUCCCGGCACUCGCGCCGACGAAGCGUUCAUGGCACACCACAUCUCGCGGUACGUCGGGACCGUGGCCGCGGCCGGAAAACGCGCCUACGCGCUCCCCAUGUACACCAACACCUGGCUCAACUUCGACGACCCCAGCGCCCUCGACAUGACCGGCUACCCGAUCGUCGUGGGCGGCGGCGCCCGACCGGGCAUCUACCCCUCUGGCGGCCCCUGUCCCCACGUGUCUGAUAUCUGGCGGUUCAACGCCCCGUCGCUCGACUUUCUCGCGCCGGAUCUGUACUUCCACGACUACGAGCGCGUGUGUGCCGAUUAUACGUUUCCCAGCGCGAAUCCGCUGUUUAUCCCGGAGCAGCGGCGGGAUGCGCAUGGGGCGCGGCGGGUCUGGGUCGCGUAUGCAAGCUACGGCGCAUUGGGGACCGCGCCGUUUGGCGUCGAUACCGGUGCCGAAGAGAUUGGUCGAGAAUACAAGCUUCUCGCGCAGACGAGUAGGUAUCUCCUGGAGAGCGCGGCAAGUCAACGCAUGGGCUUUUUCUUCGACCCGCUCCCUGAAUGUGGCUCUCCAGGGGGGAAAGAGAAAUGGACAAAGACCUUUGGCACCGUCCGAGUCAUUAUCGAGCGCGCCUUUGUGUUUGGGAAACCCGGGCCCGGCGCCGGAAUGGUCAUCCAGCUCGGCGACGCCGACUCGUACCGCUUCCUCGUCGUUGGCCGUGGGUUCCAGGUACGGUUCCGCGGGUUGGAGGCCGGGGUCACGUUUACGGGCAUUCUGGAGGCGCUGGAGAAGGAGGUUGCUUACCCUGAGGAGGGGGCUGGGAGCAACAGUGGGGAGAUCGAGUUGAGGACGCUGCGCGUGUUAAACGGGGAUGAGACGCGCAGUGGAGAGUUUCUCAUCAUGCCGAAUGAAGAGCCGGACUAUGGGGGGUUCCCUAUUGCGGUGACGAUUCCGGCGCGGACGUGUAUUGCGGAGGUCGAGGCAUAUACUAUCUCUGAGGGGCAUUAA